UGCUGUACACCGAGCACGAGAGGGAGAGGAGAGGAGUGUGAGCGCAGCAGCUGAGUGAACAAACACAGGCACAAAGCUUAGGUUAUCUUCUGAGACUACCAGACAUCGACCUGUCACUUUUUUUUUUUUUUUUUUUUACCGCUUUGAGUCCCGUCUUCUUGAAGAGGACCGCGGUGGCAGCGGCGGCAGCAGCAGCAGCAGCAGCACCCUGGUCUGCUCUGCUCUGCUCGAGCAGCGGCAGCGGCAGCAACCGCCUGUGAAAAACUCCCAAACGCGGUCGUCUCAGCUGGCAUGAGCUAACCUACCACACCGACAUGGAAACCAAACCAUUCUUGUCAUUGGGGUUCCUGAAGCCCCAGUGCUCACUGGCUCCUCCCAUGCAGCGAGGUCGCUCAGGCGAAGCUUGUUCCUGUUUCAGCGGCGUGUGUCCCCUCCAUCAGCGUCGCCUAUCCUCAGACUCUUCAGGUCAGAUGACCUCCUCACCCCUGGGCUCACCCACAUCCCACCGAGGAAUGCACCCGUCUCUGCUCAGCCCGACGUCCAUGGGGCCCUCUGGCUCUCUUCACUCACCCAUCAGCACACUGAGCUCACCCAUGAACGGCAUGCCCUCACCCUUCUCCGUCAUCAGCUCGCCCAUGGGCCCUCACUCCAUGAACUCGCCGGGCAUGGGUUACGGCCCCAGCGUCAGCCCCCAGAUGUUCCAGCUGAACUCUCCGAUGAACUCGGUCAGCAGCACGGAGGACAUUAAGCCCCCGCUGGGCCUCAACGGUGUGAUGAAGGUUCCCGCCCAGCCCUCAGGCACGGUGCUGUCGCUCACCAAACACAUCUGUGCCAUCUGUGGCGACCGCUCCUCAGGUAAACACUAUGGGGUAUACAGCUGUGAAGGCUGCAAAGGUUUUUUCAAAAGGACGGUGCGCAAAGACCUGACCUACACCUGUCGUGACAACAAGGACUGUGUCAUCGAUAAACGCCAGAGGAACCGUUGCCAGUACUGUCGCUACCAGAAGUGUUUAGCCAUGGGCAUGAAGAGAGAAGUUUUGUUACAUGCAGCCGUUCAGGAGGAGCGCCAGCGAGCCAAGGAGAAAAAUGAGAACGAGGUGGAGUCCACCAGCUGCGCCAACGAGGACAUGCCCGUGGAGAAGAUCCUGGAAGCCGAACAGGCGGUGGAACCCAAAACGGAGACCUACAUUGAGACCAACCUUGGUGUGCCAUCUAACUCGCCCAACGACCCAGUGACAAAUAUCUGUCAGGCGGCUGACAAGCAACUCUUUACUCUGGUGGAGUGGGCCAAGAGGAUCCCACAUUUCUCUGAGCUGCCGCUGGACGACCAGGUCAUCCUUCUACGAGCAGGUUGGAAUGAGCUCCUCAUUGCAUCAUUUUCGCACCGUUCGAUAGCGGUUAAAGACGGGAUUCUGUUGGCAACCGGGCUGCAUGUCCACCGCAACAGCGCCCAUAGUGCCGGAGUGGGAGCCAUCUUUGACAGAGUGCUCACAGAGCUGGUGUCUAAGAUGAGGGACAUGCAGAUGGAUAAGACAGAACUGGGGUGCCUUCGAGCUAUAGUCCUUUUCAACCCAGACUCUAAAGGUCUGUCCAACCCAGGUGAGGUAGAAGCCCUGAGAGAGAAAGUCUAUGCGUCUUUAGAGGCCUACUGCAAACAGAAAUACCCCGAGCAGCCUGGCAGGUUUGCCAAGCUGUUGCUGCGGUUACCGGCGCUCCGCUCUAUUGGCCUCAAGUGUCUGGAGCACUUGUUCUUCUUUAAGCUCAUCGGCGACACGCCCAUUGACACCUUCCUCAUGGAGAUGCUAGAAGCUCCGCAUCAAAUGACAUAAUACCAUAGAGGGUUGAGGCCUCCCCAACCCUUCCAACUCCUCCUCCUCCUCCUUCCUCCCUUACAUCUCCCACCAGCCCUGGAUCAGGAGCAGGGUCCUUUUUUAAAAUCCUGUCUCCAGCAAAGGACAGAUCAUGUGACGACUUCGGACGGAGAACCUCACCCUUCCUUCCUCCCUUCUCUCCUCGGCUCCCUUUGAUGUGUUUCGAAAACAAACAAUGAAAUCAUCAUGUCUAUGGGUCUGUUUUAUACCUUGUAAAAAUAUAUAAAUAAGAAAUAUAUAUAUAUGGAAAAAAAAUCACACGACAACAUGAGCGACAGCGGACUGAAAUGAGGGGGGGGACAGAGGACAAAAGAAACGUAUUGAGCCAUCGUUUUCAUCUUUGCUGUUCCCACACCUUGACAAGAAAAAGCAGAGAUGAUCAGGUUUUAACGCCCACGGUUAUGCUUCCAGGUAUAUAUAUAUAUAUAUAUAUAU